AUUCCUAAUAAGUACGUGCUCUUUUACAAUAGCCAUGAAGUAUGUAUUUAAAGUCAUUCACAGCCAACUGUUCUUCACUAUUACUUGGAUAGCUUUACUGAAGACAUCACUGCUGAGUCGUGGCCGGUAAUAAAUAACACACUGAAGAAUCUAUUCAACUUUGAUUGUAUCACGUUGGAGAUAGAAGAAAAUCAAAAUGUUCGGACCCUGGUGGAGAGCUGCUGUUGUAAUUUUAUUGGUAUCCUUGACUGAUGCCGCGCUGGAUAAUCUCCAGAACAAGAGAAAUGUUACGGCAAUGGACGCUGUGGUUGAGGCCAAUACCAAACAAGAUUCCUUGACCAAUGGAACAGAUGACGUCACUGACGACAUAAUUUUACCAGCGAUGACAUCAUCUGCUGGUUCCCAGGAGUACUCGGCUGCCAUAAGGCCUAAGAGAAAUUUGUGGCCGAACGGAAGGAUUAACUACAAGAUGAGCAGAGACAUAACGCGAAGACCAAGCCACAUGAGAAUAAUAAAAGCAGCAAUGGCUGAAUGGGAGAGGAAUACGUGCAUUCGUUUUAUCAAUAGAACCAACGACCCCGCGUAUCGAGAAUAUGUGUAUAUCCAUUAUGGAACAGGUUGUCGUGGUAGUGUUGGUCGAUGGAAGGGCACGAAGUCACGCUUAUCCUUGGGCAAAUGGUGUGACAACUUUAAAGUUGUGUUACACGAGCUUGGUCACACAUUAGGAUAUUUUCACGAACAAAACAGGCCUGACCGUGACAAGUAUGUCACGGUUCUUUGGAACAACAUUGAUCCAAAAUGGGCUUGGGCCUUCAAUAAGAAAAGAAGAAGAUUAGUCAAUAGUCGUGGCAUGCCUUAUGAUUAUAACUCUAUUAUGCAUUAUGGAUCACACCUCUUCUCUAUCAAUGGUAAACCUACACUCAAGUCACGUGACCCGUCAGUCAAGUAUCUUGGUAACACUGGGUUGAGCUUAAUGGACAUCAAACAGACAAACAUACUCUACAACUGCAUUGACUUUCCAAACUUUCCUAGGGAUUUUUACUUCACGAAAGGAGGCAGCCAAAGUUCUUCACAUUGUAUUACCAUGACGGAACCAAACGACCCAUUAUGGAAAAACACGACCAUCUGCUACAACAAGGAUAAGAGAGACAUCCGCUUUAGAUGGUCAAACUCUGGCCCACUACCCUCUAUGAACUGCACGAACACGGCCAUGCCUGACAGAAGAUCCUACGCGCGUUUCUGGCAAGAUAAUUAUAUAUGUGUACCGCGUGACAGCGUACUGAAAUUUGGUUGGUCAGUUUCUGGACCAAUCAAAGGGAUGAAGUGUACAGGGAUCAGAGUGCAUGCUGGGAGUCCUUAUUUGUAUCAUCUUUGCGCGACGCGCACGGACGAAAAGAUUACUGACAAUCAGAAAGGGAGUAACUAUACCUCUUGGUCACCUUGGCAACGAUGUAGUAAAGACUGCGAAGGCGGAAUACAAAGUAGAUUCCGUGAUUGCAAAAGGGGAAGAGUUUGUCACGAAAGUCUCGUGGACACAAGGUUCUGUAACAACCAUAAAUGCUUGAGUUGGCCACAUUGGCCUUCAGACUUUCAAUACCAUGUUGGGUACAUCAAGCCAAUACACAGUUGUGUCAGGAUAUUUGAACGCAACCAGUACACCAUGUGGCUGAAGAACUGGUUCUGCUGGAAGAUAAUGAGAAGGAGAAAGUUAAAGAUACUUUGGUCAGAUAUGAAUGAAGUACCAGGAAUGUGGUGUACUCAUAUUAGUGAACCUCGGGAGAAGAAAAACAGUGGAUGGGAUAAUAACUACUUGUGUGUACAGCAAGAUGCGCCUUAUAGAUUUCAAUGGUCUUCUAAUGGUACAAUUAAAGGACAGCAAUGUGUGAAGUGGAUGGGAAAAGGAGGAAAGGAUGGAUGGGAUGACAAUUAUCUCUGCGCUGAUGAAUACCCCGAAAAGACAGCUUGUCCAGAUGGUUGGGUGGUGAACAGAACAAAAACAAAUGACUUCUGUUACCGUAUGGAAAGUAAAGCCCUGACGUGGCCAGCAGCUCAAACAGCUUGCGAAAACCACAAAGCUAAUCUACUGAGCAUUCGAAGCCAAGAAGAAUUCGAAUUUGUCAAAGAUAAAGUCCAGAAAGGAAUGAGUGUUUGGAUUGGUGCCAAUGAUAGAAAGACUGAAGGAGUAUGGCAGUGGACGGAUGGGAGCAACGUCACAUUGGCCAACUGGGACAGCGGUGAACCGAACAACGGACAAUAUCGGAGGGACGAACAUUGCGUCUUGUUGAGAUUUGAUGGAAAGUGGAACKACUUCCCGUGUGAGACAUAUCCCUUCUCCUACAUCUGCAAAAAARUGAUACCACGGAUAUAAAUUGCUGGGUUUCAAUCAGCUGAUAAAAGUCUUUCAAUCUCAUUAUCUGCUCCAAAUGGUGGUCAAACACUGAGCACCAUGUGCUGUCAACCAGAAAGAAUCCUAUUAGGCAUUCCGAAGUUGAGGGAAAAACUGGGUCGAUUUGGCAUUGGAGUGCAUUGUGGGGCUGUUAUAGGAGAUAAAAUAGACACCAUCUUGGAAAUAUUCCCAUAAAACAGUCCCAAAAUGCACUGCGAUGCAAACUCGACCCAGUUUCCCCUCCAUCUCGGAAUUGCUGAUUGAAAAAUGAUGAAAUUACGUGAGCUGGAACCUAAAAUACGUCGUUAUUCCUUUCUUUAUAAAUAUUUCUUGAAAACAGUGUACAAAAAGUAUAUAUUUAUAUUAAGAAAUGCGAUAAUAGGCAACAAGUGUAUAAUAAAGAUGUUCAAUCUUAAAGAUA